GAGGGGGCCUAGCGCAGGAGAAGGGGGUUUGGCUUGUGGCUCAGUGAUGGUGGCCAUGGUGUUUCCGUCACUCUGACAGGCCUAACCGGAGACAUAUACUUUUAUGUAGUAGCACUAGUCCAGCCUUUGCUGUAAGAUUAUAUAGUCUACGUUACUAGCGCGCGGAAUUACGUCUUUUGAUUUUCAGGCCCGUUUAUUUUAAGACAACGUGCAGGAAGGAAGAGGGGAGGCCGGGAACAGGGGGCUCUCCGCAUUGCACGGAAUGUCUGUGUAACAGGCGAGAUUUUUUUGGGAUGAGGAAGUGUUUACGAUUCUGUUUCUAGAAGAAAAAUGCAGAAUCUAGCUGCACAAGUAACCAGCAGUUUACUGCAUUUUCCCGAUGUGACAAUAAAAGCACUUGAAGAAGAUGAAAUAAACUUAGACUCGGUCCUUCGUGGAAAAUUUACCACAGGGAGAACUGGGCUAGCUUGGUUAGCAUGUGGGCCGCAGCUUGAAGUGACAAACGCUGUUACAGGCGAGCGCCUGUCUGCAUAUCGUUUUAGCGGGGUGGCUGAACGGCCACCAACUGUAGUUGCAGUGAAAGAGUUUUCCUGGCAGAAGAAGACCGGCUUGCUUGUGGGACUAGUGGAAGCAGAAGGCAGCGUUCUCUGUUUGUACGAUGUGGGAAUUUCAAGAGUUGUUAAAGCAGUUGUACUUCCUGGAUCGGUAACUGCUGUUGAACCUAUUAUUAAUCAUGGAGGUGCAAGUGCUAGCACUCAACAUUUACACCAGAGUUUGCGAUGGUUCUUUGGCGUUGCUGCGGUGGUCACUGAUGUUGGCCAUGUUCUUCUCAUUGAUCUUUGCUUGGAUGACGUGUCUAAUAAUCAGGAUGAGCUUGAUGCUUCAGACCUUGAAGUAAUGAGUGGAAUUCCAAAUGAAAUCCCCAAACUCAGAGAAGCUGCAACCAGAGAGAGACGCCAUCUUUGUCUUCAGUUGUUGGCUCCGUCUGGAACUACAGUUUCUUCCCUCACCUAUAUAAGCAGGAUCAAUUUGCUGGCCGUUGGUUUUUCAGAUGGAUAUCUGUCUUUAUGGAACAUGAAGUCUUUGAGGCGACAAUACCAUGUCCAGAUUGAAGGAGGCAGAGUUCCUGUUUGUGCUGUUACUUUCCAGGAGCCGGAAAAUGAUCCACGAAAUUGCUGCUAUCUUUGGGCUGUUCAGUCUGGUCAAAGUGGUGGAGAUGUUAGCUUACAUUUGCUACAGUUGGCCUUCGGUGAUAGAAAAUGCUUGGCUUCUGGACAGAUUCUCUAUGAGGUUUUGGAAUAUUGUGAAGAAAGAUACAGCUUGGAUCUUUCAGGAAAUGGCUUGUCUUUGAGAGGGAAGACGAACAAUACAAAGUUACUAGGUUGCCAGACAAUAGAAAAAUUCCGUGCUCAUGGAGAAAGAGAAGAUGGGGUUAUGGAAGUUACCUCUCCUGAUACGAGUGUAGCUAUCUUCAGCUGGCAGGUUAAUACUUAUGGACAAGGCAAACCCACUGUUUAUAUGGGAGUUUUUGAUAUAAACCGUUGGUAUCAAGCCCAGAUGCCAGAUUCUUUAAGGCCUGGACAAUUCCUUCGCAACUGCUCUUACUUCGCAUUUUGGUCUCUUGAAGCUGUGGUGAAUAUGACUGCACAAGACAGUAUUUUUGAUAUUCUUGUACAUGAGCGCAGUUUGAGCAGAGGAGUUCCCCCAUCCUAUCCUCCCCCAGAGCAGUUCUACUACCCAAGCACUUAUAAUUUUGAUGCCACAUGCUUGCUGUGCUCUGGUCUUCUGCAUAUUACUUGUGCUGGAUUCCAAAAAGAGACGUUGCAGUUUUUAAAGACAUCCGCUCCUUCUUUAAAUGAAGCAAUUCCUGAUGGUUAUAACAGAUGUCUUGUGGCUGGCCUGUUGUCCCCAAGACUUGCUGAUGUCCAGCCUUCUAGCUUGAGCCAGGAGGAACAACUGCAGGCCGUGUUGUCAGCUGCUGUUGAAACAAGUUCUCUUGGGCUUCUUACAAGUUGUAUCAAACAGUGGACGAGUGAAGAGCAACCAAGAUCUGCAACAAAUCUAAGAUUUGUUCUUGAGUGGACAUGGAAUAAAGUUGUUUUUACAAAACAAGAGUUUGAUCGUCUCUGUGUGCCACUUUAUGAUGGUUCUUGUAACUUCAUUGAUCCACAAACACUUCAGUUCCUUCAGCACUGUCAUCUUCGUUUCAGCAACCUAACAACAGUCUUAAACUGUUUUUUAACAGAGGCGCAAGAACUUACUAAGCAAGGGUUGAUUGACUUGUCAAACAAGCAUUCUGUGACAAAACUCCUUACACUGUAUGCUUCAGUUGUCCUUUGGUUUUGUCGUUCAGGUUUAUUACCAGAUACUUCAGAUGAAACAAUGCAAUUAUCAAAACCAUACUACAAUUACCAGUUAAUGCAGCACUACUAUGGGGAUCGCCGGAAAAAGUUGGACAGUUUGUCUAGAGGGAAAUGGAAUACCAAUUCCUUGAUGAUUGAUGGUAUGAUAUGCCAGUUUGGUGAUCGAAUUGAGCAGCAAUGGAGUAGACAUGGCGGCACUGGAAAAUAUCCACCAGCCAGCAUGCAUGCACUACUUGAGAUUUAUCUUCUUGAAAAUGCUGACGAGAUGAGCAAACAUACAAUUACCAUCUAUUUUUUGUUGGAUAUCAUGUAUUCCUUCCCAGAUAAACCAGACUCCUCUAUUGAAUCCUUUCCCACAGCCUUUUCUGUUCCUUUUGGCUUAGUAAAACUUAUUCAAGGAUUUUGGCUUUUGGAUCAUAAUGAUUAUCAGAAUUCAGUGGAUUGUAUCCUUCAUCCAGCAGCAAGUCGGGAGAUGGCAUGGCAACAUAACCAAGUUAUUGAAACUUUAAUGUGCCAAGGUGAUCACAGACAAGCUCUGAGGUACAUACAGGUGAUGAAACCUCCAUUGUCCACCAGCAAAGAGGUCAAGCUUCAUAUAACUGUGCUGCUUGCUAACAGAUAUGUAGUGGAGGCCUGGAAGCUGCAGAGACUUCAUAUCAAUCGAGUGAAUGUAGAGGAACUUUUGAAGCACAUGUAUGAAACAUGCCAAGAAAUGGGGCUUAUGGAAGACUUACUAAAGUUUACAUUCACAAAUAUGGAACAAGAAUACUUGCAUAGAUUUUUGCAGACUAGUGGAGGUGUUCAAAAUCAGGAAUUGCUAUUGGUCCAUCAUUUACAGCGAGCAAAUUACAUCCCAGCAUUGCAACUAAAUCAAUCACUGAAAGCUAAUCACAUGAAUGAUUGUGAUCGUCGUCUUCGUGAGAGGACGGUUGUGAGAAAUUCUAUUAUGGAUCAGUAUGGAAAGAUACUUCCUAGAGUGCAGCGGACUCUGGCAAAUGAGAGAGCCAAACCCUACUCUUUAUCAUCUCUGGUUUGGAGAGAAGUCUCGCGACCCAAACCUUUGUCCACUAUGGCAAAAAAAGCUGCAGCUGGAAAUGUAAUAACCAAAGCCAACUUCAUAAGUAAUGUUCUGUCAAAAAUAAGGGAAGUGUCUGUUGCGAAUGAAAAGGAAUUCUCGCCUUACAAAAGCUUAGAUAUUGAGGAGGCAUCUCCAAUAAACAUCCCUCGUCAAGAUAUAGAUGUUCCUGAUGCAUUUUUUGGAACACCCAUAAGCAAUUCAAAGAGGAUAUCCAGGUUAUUGGAUUCUGUAGUUCAUCCUGUUUUGGUUGAGCCUUCCCCCGUCACACCCUCCAGCUCAGAGCCCAAUCUCCAGACACCUCGUAAACCAUCUCCAUUGAUUGUGACAUCUAGUCCAGUGCAGUCAAGCCUGAGGAAGCUUGUACAGUUGAGAGGCACUGCCAAGGCAGCAGAAUUUAACCUAUUGGAGACCCCUCUUGUUGUUCGGAAAGCCAAGGCUUUGGCAGCAAGCACAUCAUCUUCUGGCUUUACUGGUUUCACCCCUCAGUCUAUUCUGAGGCCCAGUGUCCGUGCAACUCCUUUGGCUUCUCCUUCUGCAUCCCCAGGAAGAUCUGUUACUCCUCCCUUGCGACCCAAAGAAACCAAAAUCUCUUUUAUGGAGGAGAUUAGUAAUAAAUGGACGAAGGGGGUCCUUUCAGCUGAUCAGGAUCAAUCCGUUGCAUCACCAGUAUUAAAAUCUGCUCCAGACACUCUGUGGACAGGCAGUAAAGUGAAAAUACCUUCAUUUAGUAAUAACACACCUUCCAAAGAAAAUAAAGAAAUAGAUGAGUUCACUUUAGGAAUACAAGAUGAGAGCCCUGGCAAAAUGGAAGUCGGCAAGGAUGCAAGCAAUGUGUCCAUAAGAUCUGACCAGACUACUCUUGAGUUUCACGAUGCUCCUACACCAGAAGACCUUGAAGAAGAACUAAAUAUGUCUGCCAAGCCCCAGCAUGCAGUUUUUAUAGAGCCAGUGGAUAAUGAAAUGGAUGAGGAUGAGAAUAUACAGCCAUUAAGUGAGAUCCUUCAACCAGCAGAUAGUGGGGAGUUUGAAGAAGUUAAAUAUAUUCCUGUUCGUGAGAAUGGUCCUGAAGUUUUGGAUCCAUUAAUCCCAGUGAAAGAUAUUGAUUUGGAACUGGAACUUGAACUAGUUAAAGAUGAUUUGGAACUAGAACCUUUGAAAGGUACUGAUUUGGAACAAGGACCAGUUGAUGAAAGCAACACAUCAUCAUUUGGAACUGAAGAGCCAGGAUCAGAGUCCUCCGUCCCAGAUUCUGAAUCUGUUAUCAGUAUCCAUGACAGUGAUGACAUUGUGAGUUUACGUUCAGAGACUGUUGUAGAAGAUGCAGCAGAAGAACUAAAUGAAGUUGUUGAAGUAGAAGUGAUGGAUGGAAAUCUAUUAGCUCAAGAAGAACCAUUUGCUGAUACCCCAUUCUCCCACAGCGUGGAAGUAAAAAUUGUGGAAGAAGACAAAGGUGACAUACAAGAAGUGGAGUAUAUAUCUAAAACUGCUAAGCUGGAAUGUAACAUUGAUCAUAUUGAACAGCCUUACAUUGGUGAAUUAGCUGAUAUCAGGGACUCUGAGGAACCUGAAACAGAUGAUACUGAAGGAGAACAUUUUGUAGAUCAAAAUAACUUUUCUUUAGUACUUGAAGGUGAUGGAGAUGAUGAAGUAGAGGUGAACCAAAGUAAAAAUGAUCAAUCUUCUACUUUAUAUACACCCCCAAAAGUGUAUACAGUCACAGAAACUGUUGAAAAAUGUUCUCACAAACCACAUGAUAAAUUAGAUGUAAACUCAUUCUCUCCUGUUAGUACUGAUCAACGGGAUAAGAUCAUGGAGACAUUACCAUAUGUGCCUGAGCCUAUAAAGGUUACUAUCAAAGAAAAUUUGCUUGAUGCUAUAAAGGACACUAUAAAUAAAGAUGUCACUGCAGACGUUAGUGAGUCUAUCUAUGAAAACACGCAUGUGAGAAAAUUAAGGAAUUCACAUACUUCCAAGUCUCCAUUGAAAAGAGCAAAGAGAACAAGCUCAGAGACUGUUAACGCUGAAAGUGUGUGUGUAUUGGUAACACCUCCAAAAAAGCCUGAUGAGCAGAACAUUGGUGACAUUAAAGUUCCUCAAAUUUCACCAAAAGAAGACAAAUCUUCGAUGGUGCUACCUCUAACUCCACGUAGGAGUGUAAGGAAAUCUUCUAAGUUAAAUGAAAGUAUAAAGGUUGAAGCUGAAGAAAAUCAACUUCCAACCACACCAAGGAGAGGUUCAAGGAAAGCCAAAGAAAGUAAAAAUGAGACUAUAAGUAAUGCACUCUCUGUAGUCCAGGAGGAACAAUUAUCAAGCAGUACAGUAAGGAUAUCUAGAAAGACUAGAAACACUACACUGGAAGAGCCAAAAGUUCCUGCAGCAGAUGAGCCAUCAGAAGAAGAAAUGUUGCCAAAGCAACCCUCUACUCCAACUAGAACACGAAGAGGAAAGGCUUCCGUUUCCGAAGAACCAAAAGAAAGUGAUUCAAAUCCUAAUGUUGCUGCUCCUCUGACACCUACAAGAAUUACAAGAUCUCGUAAUGUUGUAGAAGCGUUUGAAAAGAUAGCUUCAAGUCAGGAGGAUGAAACCAAUGAAAACGACCAUCUGAUUGUUACACCCACAAGAGGCAGACGAAGCAAACGUGUGGUAAAUGAGUUGGUCAAGCAGUUUGAGCUUAAUUCGUCUCAACCUGCUAAAGUGGAAAAUAGUCCACCUGUCUCUCCAAAGAAGAUGUCACUGAGGCGGACAAUAAACAAGACAGAAAAUCAAGCCAACAACACUUUUGCAGAAGAAAAUUUAAAAGUAAGAGAGGAAAUUGUUGAUACGCCUCGAAAAAAGUCCAGGAGGACCACACUUCAGAAAACAGAAACCUUAGAAAAUACAGAUACUUUUAAUGUAGCUCCUUUGGAACCUGCUGAAGAAUUGGUUAACACCAGAAGUGCUGUAAAACAGGCAAAUACAUUAAACACAAGACAAACUAGAAAAAAUGCUCUUUCUUCUGUAUCGGAGGAUAGUGCAGAGGAAAGAUUGCAUUCCCCAGAGGAGAAUGAAAAAACACCCAGUCCUGAAGGUCAUAAAGCUGGUGUGCCAAAAAGUACUAGAGUUACUAGAGCAAGAGCUAGCAAUCUUGUAUCUUCAGUUACAGAAAGUGCUCUCGAAAACAAUUCAUUUGUGUUCUCCAUCCCUACACCAAGGCGUAAAAAAAAAGCCAAAGCAGAUGAGAUCCAACUUCCUUCCCAUGUUGUAGAAUUGGAGCCACAAACGCCUUCCCAAUUUGUAUUCUCACCACCUGUAACAAGAACGAGAAGGGCAACUAGAUCCAUCACUCACGAAACUCUAAAAGAAAGGGAUUUUAAACCUCAGGAAAUUGAGGAUGUUAAAGAAACUGAAGAACUUCCUGUAAAAAAGCCAAAAGGCCGGCCUUUAAAAUCUAAAGCAAAGAAAGAAGUCAAAUCAACAGAAAAGACCUCUUCCUCGCCACCACCUGUGGAAAUCCAACUUCUUUCUCCUCCAGAAAGCCCAGGAGAUGUUGCAACUACAAAGACCACUUCUUCAGAAUUAAAAAUAUCAGAAAAAAAUCCACUGAGAAGGAAUAGAAGAAGAAUAAUUAACAUAUCAAAACCAGUCACACGCCGGAAUUUUAGAUGAUUCUUUUAAUGUUUAUGCACCUCAAUUUGUAAUGUUUAAAGAACUGAAUGGGAUAUUGAAAAAAUGGAUUUAGGAAAGAAUAAUUUAUAUAAAUUAUUGUAAAUUUUCUUAGUGUCAGAAAUUUUAAAUCUGACUCCAUGCGACUUGUAAUUAUCUUCCCUGACAGUUUUUCUAUUUUGUAUUAAAAAUUCAUACGUUUAUAAAAUAUGUAACUAUGGCUCUCAAGAAUGUUAAAUAAAAAGAACCCUUUGCAAUAUUUUAUUUUUUAAAGAAAUAAAAUUUAUUGGCAAGCCAA